UGUUACACUGGAUCAAAAUGGCUGCUUUGAGUUUUUUUCAUUGAAGGCACUGGAACAUUUAUUCCGCUUCAUGCUUUGGAUUUCCUGCCUAUAGUGAUGCAACUCGAUUGGCAAGGCUUGAAUGGUGUGUGUGUGGAGGUGACAGUGCUGGUGUAACACAACAUCGCCUCCUGUCACACAGCAACCACAAUGCAACAAGUCUUAGAAUGUGCAUUGGAUCGGGCUGAGUACAUUGUUGAAAGUGCUCGUCAGCGACCGGUAAAGAGGCGUGUGUCUUCCGGUGGAAGGAAAUCCUUAUAUCAGAAACUUUAUGAAUUGUACCUCGAAGAGUGCGAUAAAGAGCCUGAGUUGAAGAAUCUGCGGAGAAAUGUGAAUCUUCUAGAGAAGCUGGUCUCGCAGGAAUUAGUCUCAUGUCUGGUGGUCAACUUGUACCCUGGAAAUGAAGGAUACUCUCUUAUGCUCAGAGGAAAAAAUGGAUCUGAUUCAGAAACAAUCCGGCUUCGCUAUGAAGAAGGAGAGUUACUCGAGUACCUGGAUGCUGAGGAGCUGCCUCCCAUCCUGGUAGACCUUCUAGAAAAAUCACAGGUCAAUAUAUUCCACUGUGGCUGUGUCAUAGUCGAAGUUAGGGACUACCGACAGUCUGGGAAUCCAAAGAUGCCCUCCUACCAGAGUCGUCAUAUCCUGCUGAGACCCACUAUGCAGACCCUGAUCUGUGAUGUUCACGCUAUGACAAGUGAUCAUCACAAGUGGACACAGGAUGAUAAGCUUCAGUUGGAGAGUCAGUUGAUUCUGGCCACAGCAGAACCUCUGUGUCUAGAUCCCUCCAUCUCUGUCACCUGCACCACCAACCGUCUGCUCUACAACAAACAGAAGAUAAAUACUCGACCCAUGAAAAGGUGUUUUAGGAGGCAUUCACGAGCAGCACUGAAUAGACAGCAGGAGAUGAUGAACCACUGCCACUCACUGCCACAGCUCAGACUUCUGGACUACCUGCAUAGGAGGAAAGAGAGGAAACCUGCUCCCUCAAUAGACCUCAAAAUCUCCAAAUCUGGAAAUUGUGUGGACAUGUGGAAACAGAACAGUUGUCAGCUGACUGUCCCAGCAGAAAUUGAUGUGGAGAAAUAUGCAGUGGCAGAGAAAUCAGUCAAACUAGAUGACUCUCAGCCCAAUGUUUGGCCUGCACAGGACUUAAGGGACGACUACAUUUUCGAGUGUGAGGUGGGAGGCCAGCCUCAAAGAACAAAAUUCACUAUCUUCCAGCCUGUUGGGGACCCGCUGGUGUACGGGAAAAUCUACAGAUCAGAGGAGGAUGUCACAGACCUGCACCUCAUUCACCCACCAUUCCUCAUAGGUUCAAAGACAGACGCUGAUCGGUUUCUGACACAGUAUAAAGAGGUGUAUGAGCGAGAUGUAAAGUGUCAGGUAAAGAUGUUUCACAACUCAGGCAGUGCAGGGUCCCAAGGCCAGCUCUCCCCCACCAGAGAAAACGAGGUUGAUGGUUACUCGGCACUGGUUCAGUCUUCGGUUUUAGGGAAGGGCAUCAAACACAGACCUCCUCCUAUCAAACUGCCAGCCGGCUCAGCAUGCAGCACCUCAGGUAAUCCAUACAGUACACAGGCCCCUAGCGGCCAUCUGAAGUGCCCAACCCCUCCACCCUCAAAGAAUCAGUCGCUCUCCCGGAAACACUCUAUGGAGCUUGGCCUGCUGUCCCCUGCUGCUCUCUCGCCCAUGCAGAGAUCAGGUACACCCAAGCCCUCCACACCUACCCCAACCAACACGCCCUGUUCGACACCACACCCCUCAGAUAUUCAGAGUGCCACACCCUCAGUAACGCCCACUCCCCAAGACUCUGCCCUUCCACAGCAGCCUACAAUGCUGUCUCCGUUCACCCAGCAGCAAAUGACUCUACCUGUCAUGACUAUUCCCCUGCCUACAUCCAGUACCACUUCACAGGUCAUAACCAACCCUGCCGGGCUUAACUUCAUCAAUGUGGUGGGCCCUGUUUGCAGUCCACAGACUCUAAUGAGUGGUUCAAACCCAAUGUUGGGUUGUAGUCCUGGUACUCUAGCAUCUGGUAUACCCCUGAGUGGACUCUUGCCUUCCAGUGGUCUAAUGUCUGGAGCCCUACCUGCCAUGCAGCCUGCUGCUUCAGCGGGUGGGCCUUUUGGCCUGAACAACAGCCCGGGACUUCGACCGCUCAACCUUCUGCAGAUCCCUACAGGACCGCUGAUUUUUAACUCUCUACAGCAGCAGCAGUUGUCCCAGUUCUCUCCUCAGCAACAGAGCAGCCAAUCCGCUACAUCCAGCCCCCAACAGCAGGGGGAGUCGGUUGAUUCAGGACUGACAGCAGAACAGGGGCUGUCUGCACAACAGACAGCAGUCAUCAACCUCACUGGAGUGGGAGGGUUCAUGUCCCCACAGGCAGCAGUGCUGUCCCAGCUGGGUUGUGGUCUGGAGGGAUCCGGGCCCAGCCUACCAUCCCCGAGGCUCCAGCAACAGCCCCAGCCACAGAUUCAAUUGCAAUUCUUGCAGCACCAAAUGCAACAGCAGCAAAUGGGUAUGGCGGCGUCGGCACAACUGGCACUGCCACGGCAACAUUCCGCCAACCAGCCAAGAAGUAAGAGGAAACGCAGCACGCCACAGCCCCUUCCAAAAUCAUGACCUUCAGCCCUGCCCACACCCAAUAUGAGGAAGACAACAAUGGCACUGUGCUUGACCUACAGAUUUCUACAGACUGACUGUGGCUUGACUGGACUAAAGUUAUAAUUAUAAUUUUUUUUAUGUUUAUAGGGGUACAGGAAUUGCCCACCUGACCUCAGGACAGAUGAAUAGAUGUACUUGCAACAAGGAUUUUUAGAGCAGGGGACCUUUAGAGUAUUACCAUAUUUUUUUAAAGAACUACAAGCUAUGAAAUGAGACAAUUCUUGUAGGGCUCUCUAUGGCAUGCAGUCUUUAUUCUCCUUCCAAAUCGCCCUUUCUACGAGAGCCCGUUUGGUUCAAGAUAGUGGACCCUACGCACACUAACAAGGGCCAUACAGAUGUGCCUCAAUCACCUGUUGCUCAACUUUACCAUUGCGAGAAAACGUUCUCUCUACUGCUGGAUGUCAGAGUGAUAGGCCGCCAUGUCCCAGCAUGCAAUUACAUGUGCGGUUUUUAUACAGCACAUUUUAAAAAAAUGGCAUUUUGUUAUACUGUGGGAGGAGUUGAUGUAUAUUCUUAUCAGGGGGAUCUAACCAUGUGAGUUAAAGAACACUUCUGAACACUGAGGCAGAAUUUUUGUAAAUGGUCUUUGUCAGCAGUUUUAUUGUGAUAAAAAAGAAAGUAUAUAUUGACA